AUGGCUACUAACAAACCCUCACCUCUCAUCCCGCUUGUGCACAAGAAUGACCUGAAGUGCCUUUCACCUGGAUCCCGCCUCUCAGAUGCCGUCAUAAAUCCAUACAUCAAAUUACUAGAACAGCGGACCGACAUCCCCGAGUGGAAAGUGCUGGGCCUUGACACCUUCUUUUAUCCCUGUUUAGCGAGGGGUCGUCAGGAUAUAGCUAGACGAAGAUUCAAGGUUCUGAACCCGUUUGAAUACGACACCAUCAUCAUCCCAAUCUUCGUAGAAGAGAAAGAACACUGGGCUCUGGCCGCAGUCUUCCCGAAGGAAAACCGGAUACAGUCGUACGACUCCCUGGGAUUCUCUCAUAAAAAGGGACUCUAUCAAAUAUUUGAAGCAUUUAAGAAAGAAGCAGCAAGCAGGGAAUUAGAGUUUUGCCCCUCCGCCUGGCAUAUUCAAGACACAUCAGGCACUUGCCCUCGUCAGGUAGGCGACACCGACUGCGGGGUCUUUGUUUUGUGGUUCGCCGAAAGGCUUGCCCGAGGAGAUGAAGUCAUAAGAAUCCCGAGAUUCAAUCCCAACACUUGA